AUGCUCACUAAAACACUCUUCCCCGGCGUGGCCGUUGUCACCGGUGCUGGCGGAACUGGAAUCGGUGCUGCCGUUGCAAAGGCCUUCGCAGCUGCGGGAUGCGAACGCAUAGCCAUCACGGAUCUGAAUGAAACCACUCUGGAGCAGACUAAGAACGCAGUCGCCGCAGCCCAUCCGCACACACAAUUAUUAGUUCACUCUGGAAAUGUGGCCGAUGAUCAAUUCGCCGAUUCAUUCAUCAACAAAGUUGUGCAAUAUUUUGGUCGCGUGGACUAUGCUGUGAAUUGUGCUGGCGUGCUCGGUCAGCCUCUACGGUCAUCGGAAACCAGUCUUGCGGAAUUCGACCGCCUAAACAAUAUCAAUUAUCGGGGCUGUUGGCUAUCAUCCCGGGCACAGUUGAAACAGAUGGUUCGACAGGGUGCAUUACCUAGCCAUGAUUCUAGUCGUCCUCCACAGCGAGGCGCGAUUGUGAAUGUUGCCAGUCAGCUCGGCAUUGUUGGUCGGCCGAGUGCUCCAGCAUACUGUGCUUCAAAGUCUGCAGUCAUUGGUAUGACUCGGGCGGAUGCGAUCGACUACUCUAAAGACGGAAUUAGGGUGAACUGUGUAUGCCCGGGUGUCAUCGAGACCCCAAUGAUCAUGGAAAAGACCGAAGUUCGAGAAGCUAUCACCCCGGCAGCAGAAAUUGCCCCAAUGAAGAGGAUGGGGAAGCCGCAGGAGGUAGCUGAUGCAGUCCUGUUCCUUUGUUCCACACAGGCGUCAUUUGUUCAAGGCCACGCAAUGGUGGUUGAUGGCGGAUAUAUCACGGUGUAA